CAUGCCUGUGCUUUUGGCUGUGUGCGCGGCCCUGGCGUCGCUGUGCACCGGAGUGCUGGCACUCGCUGCCUGGCUGUGGAUGACGCGACAGCGGACGUCGAUCCCAGGACCUCCGACACUGCCUCUGCUCGGAAACGCUACGUUAUUCUACAAACUGCCCGUGCUGUUGGACCGACUCGGAGACUUAAAGCAUCGUUAUGGAGACAUCUUCAGGUUUUACGUCGGGCCAAAGCUAGUCAUUGUGAUAACGGAACCCGAGGACGUGCAACGGCUAUUAGUGACCAGUAAACCACGUGAACGGGACCCGUACCUCGGCUUCAUGUUAAGCAUAAUCCAAGGCAAUGGGCUGCUCGUCAACAAAGGCGAAGUCUGGAAACUCCAUCGGAAGUUUGUCGAACCUGGCUUUCAUAAUGAGGAGCUGGAGAAAUUCAUGGACACGUUCAACGCAGAAGCGAGCUUCCUGUGCGAAAAGCUGGCGGAAUCGAAUGGUGCAGAAAGAGACCUGUCCGUCUGGCUCAUACUGACCACAUUACGCACUAUCCACGCCACAGUUUUUUCCUUCAAACUGGAAAAUAUGGAGCCAGAUCUGAAGAAGCAGGAGGAACUUGCUGCUGAAAUAGUUGAUUGCACAAGAACUUUCUCGAGGAUGUUAUACCGCCCAUGGACAGCAAUCAGUUUUUUCAAGUGGAUGACUGAAGAUGGUCGGAAACUUGUAAGAAUGAAAGCUUUUACCAGAUCCUUCGCGGAGAAAUCAAUUUCCCUCGUAAGACGAAAUCUUUCUAACAAAAAUAUCAGUGCAAGAUCACUGUUAACUUGCCUUCUGCCAGAAAACAAACUGGGAGUAACGGCGACUAAACAGGAGAUACUUGACGAAGCACUCACGCUUUCUUCGACCGGUUUGGAGACAACUGCGGACACAAUGGGCUACCUGAUGACUCUGCUCGGACUGCACCCAGAGUGGCAAGAACGUGCACAGCGCGAGCUGGACGAUGUUUUCGGGACCGGGGGCGACUACUUGAGGCCAGUCACCACUGCAGACUUUGCCCAUCUUCCAGUACUCGACGCCAUCGUGAAGGAGACGCUGCGGCUGUUCCCAACGGCGCCUGCCGCACCAUACCUGGUGACUGAAGACACCCCCCUGGCAGGGGGUCGGUAUGUGGCGCCGCGUGGCAGCACCGUGAUGGUCGCCUACUACCUGUUGCACCGCCAACCCCAGCUGUUUCCAGACCCGCACAAGUUCGACCCCAGUCGCUUCCUGGACGGUGGCAGCGCGACAACCAGGAAGCCCUACAGCUACGUGCCUUUUGGCGUCGGCCCUCGCAAAUGCGUGGGCGGCCGGUAUGCAACUUUGCAAAUUAAAACUGUACUGUCAACGGUGCUGCGGCGUUAUCGUAUACUGCCUGGAUCCAGCAGGGAGGACCUAGAAGAGAGUGUAUUUUCCAUAGCACUCUUUCCACUCACUGGCUAUAGAGUUACUUUUGUCCCACGAGACAACAUACCUUCGAGUUCUCCAUGAAACCUUUCUGCAGUGGGAAAUUAAAUGUCAGCAAUCUUUCUACAAAGUUUUAGCUGUUACUGGGGUAUUUUUGCUGAGAAUUCCCGUUACAAUAAUGACAAGUGAAGUUAGUUAAUUCCAUAUUCCAAGGGUUACAUCGUCUUUGAAGAAACAGUAUCAUGUAAAUGACUUUUCCGGAUUUCAGUCGGUUGAUCUAUUUCAUACUGUUACUGCGGGACUAACAAAUUUUCAAAUAUGUGCAAUGAAUGUGAAGCUGAAAGUCAAAUGAGGUAAAAAGAGACGUUUACUCCACAUAAAUGCAAAAGAAUAGAACAAUUCUGGAUGGGAGGAGCUCCAUAAGGCUGUUCGCAGAUAAUGCUGUCGUCUAUAGGGAGUAGGAUACGCUGGAAGACUGUAGCGAAAAGCAGGAAGGCCUGCACACAGAGUAUCUAACAUGGUGGAGUGAUUGGUAGCUGUCAAUCACUCUGAGAAAAGAAUCUCCACUUUCAUACGCUGCUAUCAAUGAGUACAGAUUUCUUUUUUGAUUGAAACACUGUCUUGUGACGUGCUGUAUAUUCUCAUCAAUCGAAAGCUUCACUUUUCAACACAGAGAGAAAUAUAACUGCAAAAGGUGCUGUCAUUUAUGCACUUCUGAAUUCAUAUGUCAAAUUGGUAGAGUCAGUUACACGGCGUUUUUUCUUCAACAGUGAUAUUCAGAACAAAUGUUAUGAUAUGAAACAUCUUACUUGAACAGAAAAGAUAGCACAGAGAAUUUAAAAAAUAUAUGGAUACAUGCUGAUCAUAUACAGGUUUAUAUCUGACUACACAUUUCUAUUGAAGAAGAAGUUGUUAAAGAAAAACAACUUUACAUUUGAAAAUACCACUUCUGCCUGUGAGACGUUUUAUUUCCGUAGGUAGAUUGUCAAUUUUUUAUAAUUAAGUAUUUUUUAAAGUUAGAUUCACUAGAGGGAAGUGUAUAUAAUUUUUCCUUUUACUAUUUGUGAAUGUUUCUAUUACUCUCAAGAUGCAAUGGACUGAUGAAAUCAAUUUUCAAAAGUGAAUAAAUCUGCUAUAAUGCUCUCGUUAAUAUUCUUAAUUGCUAAAUAGAUCGUUAGAUGCUACAUGUAGGUAAACCCUAUAAACAAUUCUAAUUACUAUCUUUUAUGCAAUGAACACUUUUUAAGUGAGGAAUUACUCCACAAUACUAUCGUGUAGGACAUCAGUGAAUUAAAAUUUGCUGUAGCAUCUGAAUCUUAACGUUUCAGUCUACUACAUAAUCGUUCUAGUCUAAGUUGACAACAGUAUGUACACACAACAAUUUUGACCUAUUUAGUCCUAUUUAUAAUUUUAUUGUUGGCACAAUAUAUUAAUUGGAGGUAGGGUGUUUUAAACAUCAUAAAACUGCGUAAGGUGUGUUUGUUCUAAAUUUAAAGCUACUCCAUUUCUGCAAAGAUUGCUAGAAACUUCAACAAACCCGUAAUUUACUAUGAUUGCUGUUAAUGCAUCUUUGCUCAACUUGACAGUAAUGCUUUUAACAUCUGCAAAAAGGCCCAACUGUGCCUCCUGACUCAAAUAAAAUGUUAGAUCACUGACAUACAUGAUGUGUCAAA